AUGUCCUCGCCGGGAACCUGCUACUCAGACAGAGCUCCGUCACCAUAUCUUGACCGACCCGUCGUUCCGAAGCUCAAGAUGUCCAAGGAUCCGUCUCCGGUAUCCAAAUACAAGCCUCGUGGAGUCAUCCAAUACUACCCAUUUGAGAACUUGGACGAUAUAUCCCGCCGCGAGGUCCACCGCUUUCGUGUCUCGCCAUUUGGUCGUAUCCAGGAGUCAUGUGCCCACAUUCCAUACAACAGCGGCAAGAAGGACUUCUUCGAGAAGACAGGGCGGGAGAGCUUUGAAGUUUUCAAGUACGAGUUCAAGGUGCCUGGAGAGGACAACGACUUCACUGUCAUGUGGGACUACAACGUCGGUCUUGUUCGGAUGACUCCCUUUUUCAAGUGUUGCAAAUAUUCCAAGACUGUUCCGGCAAAGAUGUUAAGCCUGAACCCUGGACUCAAGGACAUCACGCACAGCAUCACGGGAGGCGCUAUAGCAGCUCAAGGGUACUGGAUGCCGUAUGAAUGUGCCAAGGCAGUAUGUGCUACGUUCUGCUACAGCAUUGCCGGAGCCCUUAUUCCCAUCUUUGGCCCGUCGUUUCCGUCCAUGUGCGUCUCGCCUGGCUCGCCAGAGUACCAGCGCAUGGUGAUUGACCAUCGAAUCGUCGAAGACGCUGUCAAAGACGCCGGCAGGUUACGAAAAGUACAGCAUCGCGCUCUCCCUCCCAUCACCCUCGGGCAUAUGCCCAACAUUGAACGACGGCCCAUGCGACCUCUUCGUGACGACAGAAGACUCCGACUUAACACGACUCGUCUCAUGAGUCCGUACAGCGAUACCGAUGGGGAGGGUGGCACCCGCUCGUGCCCGGACUCGGCGUCCAGUAACGGCUCAGACGGCGUCGGCUAUAGCUACGGAUAUCACCAGACUCCGGCACGACACUCGCAGCCGCCGACUUCUGGAUGGGUGGCUGCAAAUCACCCAGAGCCGUACCGCUUGGUCGACGACAUCUACCGCACAGCCCAUACACCUCAUCCGUACCUCAGCGCCGUCCCCCGCUUCACGCCCCUGAACAGCAGACACACGCCGACCCCUCGUCGUCCACAGUGGUCACAAAAGCGUCCCGUCGAUCACGACGACAGCGAUGGCGGUCGUAACAGUAGCGCCGGCGAGAGUCUCCACGCUAGCAGCCCCGCUCUGAGCUUCCAGUCUGACACUCGGCGAAGGGAAGAAGAGUCUGACGCUGAGAUUGCCGAGCAGAAUGCCGCGCUGGGCCUCAUGACGCUCAAGACGGCGUCUCGCAAGGAGUCUGGCUACCAAAGCGACUUGGACAGCUCCGAUCUACACCGCAGCAAGCGACGGCGGGCCACGUCCGCUUGA